CAGGGCCCUUUGCGACAGAGGUCUUGUUUUCGUGCAGGGGGAGAAAAAAGGAAGCGUCUUGGUGCUUGGGUACGGACUCGCUUUCUGCUUGCCUUCGUGUAGUAGCGGCGUUCGUCCGCCCUCCACAGAGAUAAGUGUUGUUCCAUGAUAACGAGCGUUUUCCUGCACCGUCUGGGUGCCUCCUCUGUGUGCGGUGAGCGUGUGUACGUGGAGGCAAUGCAUAGCUCUCGUCCCUCCGGGCUGCUCUCUUGACUCGUUUCUUGUCCUUGAUGCAGGCGCCACGGUUGAUAGUGUCCCGACUUGCUGCCUGGUGCGUCGUUGCAUCCAGCCUCUCGCGCCUGGGAACAAAACACAUUCCAGCAAGUGAGAUUAUGCAACCCGAGCCAGGAGAGAUGUUUGGUUUCCCUCUCUGUAAGCGUUACAAGGCUUAUCGAGGGAAGGAAAACCUUGCUGCGAUAGACAGUAGGGCUGGAUCUCCUCUGUGCAAAGAAGAGGUCGGCCUCUGGGCUUCGGAGCAAUAAGAGCUCAAGCUCUGUUGCGUCCAGCCCCACUUCUGAGGCCAUCGGGGACCCGACGGGAAGACUUUGAACUCUUUGUUCUGGGCCUCCAAAAAGGCACCGCUCUCCAGUCGACUGACUUUCCUCCCUGGCUGUCUCUUAACUCCUUGUUGUUGCUUAGGUAAUCGGGAUUUGACUUGUUUGAAAGAGCUUAGGGGAAAGAAAAGACUUAAUCUUUCUUCUGCAAAGGUCAGAAAUAAGGGUUCAGGCUGUUCUUUGGUUAUCUGUUUUCUAGGCACCUUCCAGCAAUGAGCUUUACUAAUACAAUAAAUUUACCUUCUCUUCUUGACUCUCUUUUGAAACAUCCUACCUCCAGUAGCGUUCCUCCUCUCCCCUGUCUUGGGUGAUGCACCUUUAUUGGCUGAGGGAGAUGAUCGCCUGCCCCAUUUCUGAUUCUUUUGUGGCAGUGUUAAUUGGAGGCUGAAGGACUGAGGGGAAACGUCUCUGAGGUCUCUGCCUGAGGAGCGAGAGGCCUUGCUGGAGGCUGGGGGGAAGCCCAAGAAGCAAUCUGGGAAGGGAGGCUUCCCUUCCUUUCCUUUCCCUUCCCUGGCUUGGCUUCCCUUCCUUUCCUUUCCUUUCCCUUCCCUGGCUUGGCUUGCCGUAUUUCUGUUUGAGUCAUCAAAGUGUUGACGUGUUGUUAUUUGUUUCCCAAAGUCAACAGAAAACCAAAUAGCUUUGGUUUUGGUCAAGCAGGUAGAGUCAGUGGCUGUCAAGGGCUGGGUACUUGCUGUAAGCAGGUAUCUUGCCUUCAGCACAUUUGCAAACUGGUCUGCUCCCCAGUGCCUGGCGGCGCUUCUGUGUUUGUUUAUGUGGGAGCUUAUUACAAGUUGGGACAACAUUUUUAUCUCAGCUUUUUCAUUGUAUGGCUUAAGAAUAUAAGAAGGGAGGCAAGAUUUCACCCUCUACCCUGAUCUGUGUAUUGAGACAGUUUUUCUCAGUCUACGUCAAGAUGAUGUAGCUGAAUUUUCAGUAACCCUGCAUGUACUCAUGUUUAGUAAAUUGAUACUGAAAAUCGCUGGUGGUGCAGGGACGUGCUGAGGGUGUUGAGGUUUGGUUCCUUGCACUUGGUACAAGGCUGGCUGUUGUGAUGUGGCCUGUUACAAUGGCGUAGAUCUAACCGCAUGCGCCAAAGUGGAAGAGAACUCAAACAUUCAGGCUUAGCGCUGGUAUUUAACGCAGUUUGAGUUUGAAUGCCUUUACCUCGGUUGUUUAAUCCAGUUCUUUUCUGUAGUGGCACGUACAAAGCUUUGCCUUUUCUGUCGGGGCUUUCUGGGGAGGGCGUGGGGUGAGAAGGUGUUCCGAGGCCGCCUUCCUGCUUUGCAGGGCUGGAACUCUUGGCUCUUGAACUAUAAAACCACUCUGCACGGAAAGAAGCUGAACUAUCAUGCUUGAUGUGCGCUUGGAUUUUCUGCAGAGGUUGCUGCUCUGCUGUCCUGGAUGCUCAGAGUUCGGUAUUUAAAAUAGAUCGAGGGCUUUUUGAAGGUGAAGUUUUGGAGUGCUGACUGGGAAAUUUGCUGAUCUUGCUGGACUUUUGCAGCUCUGAGAGGAGCAUCUUCAAAUAGGAUUUCUGCUUGGUUGGUGAGUUUCCAGUUUUAUUCAUUUUCAGACCCUUUGCCUCUAAGGGGGAAGAGAAAAGCUCCUGUGCUAGCUGUGCUGCUCUUUGUACCCCUGCAUGAAUUGUUUGGGUCCCACAUGCUCAUACUUAGCUCAUCUGGGCGACCGCACGAUGGAUGUAGUUUUGAAAAAGUGCCAGAGCGUACAAAGGUAGAUGUUUGUAAAGGAAACACUUGGUACCUUCAAGCCUCGUGGGGAGUUUAUUGCUCCCGUUAUGAAAUUGUUGACACUAACUCGCAGCAAUCACUUGACUUUUCCUCCUGGUGGAGGUGAAACAUUAACUCCUGCGUUUAGUGGUUGUGCCUUUUCAGACAGUGGCAAGUAUUUUCUUCCAGAAAACCAACACACGUGCUAGCGUCUGCUUGCGUCUUUCGGAUGCGCGGCUGGACCUACCGGACCUUUGCCCAGAGCCCAGAUGUCAGGCAUUCAAAGCUGAACGACUGCAAAUCUGGGACUCUCUUCCCGAAUGUGCAGUGUCAUGGCACUUGCAGUUUCCCUGUGCUGAAUACUCAGCUGGUCCAGUGGGCAGCCUGAGAAUCCCUCCCACCUCUGACCCCUUCCUCUCCUAGCUUUGACUGAAGAAGGGAGGCUCCAGCAGCCGCUUUCCAGCAGAUCAUUGCCAUGAAGCUGCUGAUUGCAAAUCCUGUGCUUGCAAAGGACCUGGUGCCCUGUGAAAUGUGGAGCCACAGAGGGUGCGACGUCUGAGAAAGCAAGGAGGUGUUGCUAGGAAGGGGAAAGCGGGGAGCUUGGUAGUUUCUGUGUAGCAUCCUUGUUUCGGUCAUUUUAUCUGAGCUGUUUGAGACUUUUGGCUGAGAGCUGGACUCCUGCCGAGCUCAGGAACUGACAAAAUAAACCACAAAAUAUUCCUUGGAGCUUUAAAACCUAUCUGAGAACUUCAGGUUUUAUGUUAAAAUCGUAGCUGGUAAUGCACUGAAUUUUAAAAAAAAUCCUAAUGCUUAGCCUCCCUUUGAGCUGUCAGAAUAAACUUGUAUUGUCUCAUCCAGAAGGAAAACUUCUGAAAAUUAAGGGAGAAAGUGAUGCACACUUGAAAACAUCCGCAGAAGUCACGCUGUGUUCUUCCCUGGAAAGAAAUCUUCAAUGCUGAUCAAGAAAGGGGUGAAAGCAAGCCAAGCUGUUAAGUAAAGAUCGACACAGGAAGCACGGGCUGCUGGGGUUUCAUAAAGUUUGGCUAGUAUAUGGCAAAGAAAUUCUUCAUUUCACUGCAUUAGUUUUGUUAGGGGAUAAGACUGCGUUAGUUUGCUGGCACUUUUGUGCCGGCAGGAUUGCUUUGCUUAGCUUGCUGUUGAGACAUCGCAUCACUGGGUGGGAAUGGGACUGUGUGGCCCAUGUAUCCUAAAUGUGCCCCAAACAGCCUGUUGACUGGUUCAUGCAAGGAACAGGCUUCAAAUCUUUUGGGCUAGGGUUAGAUCCAGAGUCUUCAUUCAAAAUUUGGUUUAGGAGCCAAUUUUCAUCUCUGUUGCCAGGGUUCCUGCUUAAGCAGUAGUUGGUCUUGGUGAUGGUGUCUUGCUGUUGCUAUGUAUGUAUUUUCUUGGACAUUCGGAAUUGGAAGUUCAGGUCAGAGAGCCUGGGGCCAGAAGGCUGUCGAGGUACCUACAGAAGGCCAGAAAUGUCUCAGGUAGCUUGUUUGUCUGAGCACACCACGCAAUAUCCGAGGUGUCUGGGAGGAGGGGGAGCAGAACCUAGUGGUGACUUUCUGGAGCUAUCAUUUGACUUGAUGCAGAUCAGCCACGUUGUCAUUUACCGGUAUUCCAGGUGAUGCUUUGGAAAACUAAGCAGGGAAUGAUCGGGAGGAAAGCUCCUCUUCUACAAACGUCUUCUACUUGUAAGAAAGGUGAGGUCUGCUACAUCGGCAGCACUGGAGAAAAGCCGCAGGUGACUAUCCUGGGAAGGAAAAAGUGAGGUGAGCACCAUGGAGGGCAGUGGCAUUCUUAGAAAACAGUGCUGAGAAGAGCUUGUGGUUUUUUAGCCCAUUGCCCUGUUUUAAACUCAUGUCAUGUUACGCAAAUUUUAUUGCGUUUGCUGUGAGAGAUUUUUCCAUAGCUACUUUAACAGUUGCAUGGUUCUACUUUAAAUUUUAUAGGCGGUUUGUUAAAGAAUUGACACCUACAAAAUUAGAUGCUUCAUUUCCAGGGUUCCCAGGCCACUUUAAAGUGCCUUAUUUCUAAAUACUGACCUGGAGCACAGUUCAUCCAGCUCUCCUUUUUUUGUUUGGUUUUUUCACCCUCCACAUUGCCUGUGCCUUUUGCACAAAAGCUUAAGCUGCCCUGACGUGAGGGCAGCCUGUGCUGCUGAGUUGUUCCACAGCAGUUGGCGUAAGAGCAGGUGGCUAUCUAGGCACCGAUGGAUGCCAUGCCAUGAAGGGAGCCAGUAAAAGAGGCGUAAGGUGUGCCUGUUGCCCAUGAAUGAGUACAUCUCUGCACCGCUCUGUGUUCCUCGGAUCUUGGCAUCGGUAAAGACGGUGCUGCUCCUUGAGCUGCAGGCUGUUUUCAGCACAAGUGAUGACUUCUGAUGGAUUCAUCGCCUCUUGAGGAGGGACAGAGGUUUGCCACAAGGCUUAGUUCCCACCGUAAUGCGUUCUGUGCUAUUUGUGUUCCACCACCAAAAAUAUCCUCUGGAAGAAGGAUUUUAAUCACUUUGCUCACUUGAGAAGAGGACCUUGACAUUGUUGCUGAUGACUGUUCUGGCGCGCAUGAUGGUGCCUGUUCUGGGAAGCAGAGCUCAGCUGUCGGAUGAAGUCCUAGAUGUUUUCUUGGCCAUUUUCUGCACCUGGAGCUGACCUAACCUGGAAAUCCCUCUACUUUUCUGCUUGUGGAGCAGCCAGGAGUGAGCUACGGCUGCGUCAGCUCUCUGUGCCUUCCAGGGGUGGUGGUUGUGGGGCGAGCCGUGCUGUUUCUUGCCAGCUAGUGCCAGGUGCUCUGGCUACUCUUACCUAUGACACCCUCAGGUUUGAAUAUGAAGACUUUCCUGAGACCAAAGAGCCAGUUUGGAUCCUUGGCCGGAAAUACAGUGUUUUUACAGAGAAAGAAGAGAUCCUAUUGGAUGUGACCUCUCGGCUUUGGUUCACCUACAGAAAGAACUUCCCUGCUAUCGGAGGAACCGGUCCCACCUCUGAUACUGGCUGGGGCUGUAUGUUGCGGUGUGGCCAGAUGAUCUUUGCUCAGGCCUUGGUCUGCAGGCAUUUGGGAAGAGACUGGAGGUGGAUAAAAGGGAAGAGGCAGACGGAUAAUUACUUCAAUGUUCUUAAUGCCUUCAUUGACAAAAAAGACAGCUACUACUCCAUUCACCAGAUAGCUCAGAUGGGAGUUGGAGAGGGAAAAUCCAUAGGUCAGUGGUACGGACCAAACACAGUCGCACAAGUGCUCAAAAAACUUGCAACUUUUGAUACAUGGAGUUCGCUGGCAGUCCAUAUAGCCAUGGACAACACAGUAGUGAUGGAAGAGAUCCGGCGGUUGUGCCAGUCCAACUUCCCGUGUGCUGGAGCUGCAGCAUGCCCUGCUGUGGAGUCAGACGUACUCUACAACGGGUACCCAGAGGAAGCGGGGGUUAGAGAUAGGCUCUCACUGUGGAAACCAUUGGUGCUGCUGAUACCUCUCCGCCUUGGGCUCACAGAGAUCAAUGAAGCCUAUAUUGAAACACUAAAGCACUGCUUCAUGAUGCCUCAGUCCCUGGGAGUGAUCGGAGGGAAACCAAACAGUGCUCACUACUUCAUUGGCUAUGUAGGUGAGGAACUCAUUUACCUGGAUCCCCACACUACGCAGCCUGCAGUGGAGCCCAACGACAGCAGCUGUCUCCCCGAUGAAAGCUUCCACUGCCAGCACCCUCCCUGCAGAAUGAGCAUUGCCGAGCUCGACCCCUCCAUUGCAGUGGGCUUUUUCUGCAAUACGGAGGAAGACUUUAACGAUUGGUGCCAGCAAAUCAAAAAGCUGUCCCUGGUGAGAGGAGCACUGCCGAUGUUCGAACUGGUCGAACGCCAGCCAUCGCAUUUCUCCAACCCUGACGUCCUGAAUCUCACACCAGGGGAUAAAGAGCUGCUGACAGCUUCUGCCAAGAGCAGUGAGUAUGCGUGGACAAACUUACCCUGUCACCAGGCAUUGGACUGUGUCCUGUCACUUGCAUCCUGCACCCUGUGCUCCCUCACUCUCUCUCCUUAGCAUGAACUUUUGAAGCCUUACUUAUCUCACUGUCCUCUGUAAAAAUGCUUCAUUCCCUCAAACUGUCUAUCGCUCCUUGCGUGUAUUAAAUUGUCCCUAAUUGCUGCCUUUUUGGAGUGGGCUACUUGUCCUUCUCCCCCUUCCCUAGCCUGUAGAGCCUCUCCCACCCACUGCAGCCAUUCUGUUUCUCUUGCAGUCCUACCCCGCACUAGAGGGACUAAUCUUGCUCUGGUGAACGUCCACCCCCCCACCUACCCCCAGGCUGGGUUCUCCGCUGUGUUACUGAGGCGAAGGGGGCUGCUCCUCUGAGGAGCACCUCUGGAACUGGUGCAGCUGGCACUCAUGGGCACUGCGGUUUGAUCAAGAACAGCAACAUUAGGCAUUUGCAUGUGCUACUGGGGGACAAAAGUGUGUCACAGAAUAUUUGGGGGGGCGGGUCUGCAGCCUUGCGCUUCUCCUCUGUCCCCAGCCACCAGUUACUGCAGUUCAGCUUUUGCCUGGCUGUUCUGCUGAGGCUGGUGCGUGCUUCAAAGCCAGAGUUAACGUAGGUUUCUCCUUUAUGUCCCCAGUUGGCCCAUCCAUUCUCACCUGAAUUUCCCCUAUGGUAAAGGUGCUUCUCCAUUAGGUAUGUGCUCCCUCCUCACCAUAGAGUCGGAAGGAUGGACAGGAGAGAUCGAGUCCAUCACCCUUUGUCACAAAAUGGACUGUGCUAAUUGCUUUUGGGAUAGUGCACGGUGUGUAGUUACGUUCCCCAGCAGCUGGAUCAAAGGCAGCUGUAGCAGAAAACAGGUCUCUAAUACACAGGGGAAAAAAAACCCUUCCUGUAUUACUUAAUUGGGCCAGAAAUCUUCAUGGGUGUUAGUCCAAACCUGGGCCAGUUCUCCUAUUUUGAGCAUCCUGAGGCAGAACUGUCUUCUGCUAACAGGGAGCUGCUGCACGAAACGGGCGCAGCACAACGUUGUGCUGCAGCUGUGUCAGGAUCUGUGAAUCGCAGCCCACCUUCUGCACACUGUAUAAUUCUCUCCAGUGCAUUUUCCCUUUGAUAGAUGCCGUUUCUCAUCCCUCCUCAGCACCUGCACUCAGGUGUGUGGCGGAGUCUCUCGGAGCUUGCGGGCCCUUGACCCUCGCACUCUGCUGCCCUCCAGCCCCUGGUCCUGCUGGUGCUGAGCAGCCAGUGCUGCCCACGGAGGUAGUGGUUUCUUUUUCUCUUGCAGACUCCUCUGAUGCCGACAGAUUGGAAAGGUUCUUUGACUCGGAAGAUGAAGACUUUGAAAUCCUGUCCCUUUGAAAACAAAUAGGAAACUGACUCUGCAAAUUUGUGUUUUGUGUGGGGAGAAGGGGGGAGGGAAGCUCCUUCGAGAGCCUGGGGCUACCGGUUUUCAUAGGCGCUUGCUGCCAUCCCCACCUCUUGUCCAUCCUGGCGUUCUGUGCAGCCUCUGAGCAGAGCGUGCAUUGUCUGCGUUGGGAUGAAGACCCAAGUGGGUGUUGCAGCCUUACUGGCUGGAGUCAGAGUUUCUCAGCAGAAAACAGUUGCUGGAAGUGGAUGCGGUGGUGCUGUAGGAGUUCAAAGCCUAUCAAUACAUCAGCAGGUCAGCUGGCCUUCCGGGGGAGGCACAGAAAUUGUUAGAGCGCUAAAUCCUUACCUGGGGACUCCCCUCUGAAGCUUAAAUUAAAUAAAUAACCCGUCAUUUAGCAGGUGAAAUGUACAGUUAAUUCCUUUAGCCGCUUCCCUUCUCACUGGCCAACCUGGACCACAGCUCACAAGGCAAAUGAACAGUGGACACGUCCCAACCAGGCAGCUGCGAAGUCCCUGGCGUCCUGGUGGCCAGGCUCCCUACAGCACUCCUGCUCAUGCUUUGCGGUACACAGUGCUUCCUCCCAGGUGUAGCACCCUUCUCCUCCUCACGUCCUAUGAAAAGGAAGUUGAGGGAACUUCUACGUGACUGGUAAUUCAAUAAGCAAAAGGCUGACUGGGCAAGCAUGGAGCAGACCUGUGCUGCCGGGGAGGACCAUCUCAAUUUCAGUAGAAAGAAGGGAAGAACAGAAAAUAUGCUUGUUCUUGCUCGGUGGGUGGAUAAAGUAUUGUGCUUCUACAAUGGAUUAACCUCUACAGCAAGUAUUGUCAGGAACGCUGCUUCGAGCAGAGAACUGGAUUCCAUAGCCCUGGAAAAAAGAAAAGAAUCCACAGCUGGGAGAGCUGAAACGGGACAACCAAGAUCUGCUUGUACCCCAGUGUGCUGUUGUGGCGUCUAGGGAAUUAAUCCUUGUCGGUACCAAAAACGCGAGCUAUGAAAUUCCUCAAGGUGUUCUCUGUGGGUUGUCCAGCAGUUCCUCCAGCUCCUCCUGUUAGACAUUCCCUUUCCAAAUCAGAGAAGGUGCCUGAAGGUCAGGUAGGCUUCCUUGCUGCCUCCGUAUCUUUCCUUUUGCCUUCUGCCAGCUCCCCCCACCUGUGGACUAUGCACAAAGGUACUAUAGGAGCUAACCGGGAGAGACCUAUUUCAAGUAAUCAUCCCAGUAAAGCCUGAAUAUGCCUCGAGAAGGUCCAACUGUACUGGAAAUGGUAGCUGCUUUAAGGUGGUAGCUCUGCCUGGGGCCCUUCUCCACAGAGAAUUUGGAGGAGCUAAACCACAGAGCAGAGCUGUCUUAAUGCAAACAGCAGCAGAAGUUGCUGUAGUAGUUUCCUUAGUGUGUGCUGCUGGUGGCAAACCUGUUUACAAGGCUUUGCUUUGUACAUUUAGGAUCUGAACCUGUAAAUUGAUGCUUUUGUGCCCAAGGGUGGUGACAGCUGGCUAGAAAUGACCCCUUUCCUCUGUGACUGACCUACUGAUGCUCUAACUGUCCCUGUGCAAUCCGAAAGCAGAGGUUUGAACUGGGAACCACAAUGCUUCUGUCACUAAAUUAUUAUUUGCUGCUUUCUGCCUGCUUCUCCUCUUCUCUCUUGUAGUUAGGGGAAGAGGCAGCAGAGGAAGUGGGGCUGUGCUCCAUUCAUCUGCUUUCGAUUUGUAUCUGAAUAAACAGAUCUAAAAUCUUUCCCUGUCCUAAUGUUCUUGCUCGUGAAUUGAAGGUGGUGGCGAGUGGCAUCCAGUGACCCCGUAGCACGGUUGGGAAUGCACUUUCAAGGCAACGAAAGCAGAUGGGGGGCAAAAGUUGAGCCAUGUGCAAUGGUGACUUCAUGUUCCUUUGGGUGUAGCCAAGAGAAUAGAGGCUGCCUGCCUGGGAAUGCCAUGUUCUUGUUCCUGCCCCAGAGCGUGAGGCAAAAAGGGAAAAAACACUAACACAGCAAUUCUGCUACUUGCAUUACAAGUUGUAUGAAUGUGGGGCAACAGGACACUGCUUGGAGGCUCUUCCUGCUGCGCAGCGCAGCAUCUCCCUGCUUGUAAAACAGCAUCAACCCUUCUGAGACUGGAUGUGCUUUUUUGGGGAGAGGGGAAGGAGCUGGGUGGAGGCUCAAGAGUAGGUGGAAAGUGAAACUUGGAAUUGUGGAAUUGUUUAGGUUGGAAAAGAUCACCAAGCCCAACCGUUCCCUAACCCUGCCAUCACACCACUAA